AUGACUCACAUUUCAUUCUCUGAAAUCAUUCGUCAGGAAAGAAGCAGAAAUGCUAACCGUCAAAUUCGUUCACGUCUCACCUACCGAGGUUUGCGUUCAUCAAUGCAGAGGUCAAGAAAUGGAGUUUUUCCUCGCAUUCCAUCAAAUUUACGGGAGUUGACUGCAAUCCACCAAAAUCCUGCCUGGGCGCAUCUCACAAGAACAACGGACUUGCAAGAUUUCAUCUACAGUGGGUCUGUGGAUUCACUGGAUGGGUCUCAUAGUGUUAUUUACUGCAGCGAAAGGAAUCUACAACAUUUGAGAGAAGUUCCAGUAAUGUUUGCAGAUGGCACUUUUUACAUUUCCCCAUCAAUUGACAACUGCUAUCAGGUCUUCACUAUUGUUUGUGUGUAUGGCCACACAGUGAUUCCUCUUUUGUGGUGCCUCAUGGAGAGAAAGACAGAGGCCGCAUAUGUCUCUGUGCUUGUGCACUUACGGAUUCGCUUGGGCCAUUGGAAUUUCACUCAAGUAAUAUGUGAUUUUGAAGACGCAAUCAUGAACGCAUUCAGAAGGGUCUUUGACGUGGUAGUUCAAGGGUGUUUUUUUCAUUAUGUAUCGGUGGAUGUUUUUGUUGAGAUUGAAGAUGCCACUGUGGAUGACUUAAACAGCCUUAAUCAAGGGCUUAUUCCAAAUAGGCAUCGAAGCUGCUCCUCCAUCAGCAAUGACGAGAAUAUCAUUGCUCUUACAAAUCAAUUGUUGCAAUACCCUCUGCCAUCAGAUGAACAGAUAAUGACCUUCUUACACUCAGCGUCAUUCAGUGUUGACUCUGUAAUCCAAGAGGCCUUGGAUUUAGAAUAUGAUGAAGUGAAUAUUAGACCAAAAAUGUGCUGCCAGGUUCCUAAUCUUGCAGAAUCACCAAAGAUUAUUCUUUCUGCAUUUUUUUUUAAAAGAUAUAGGAUUAAAACCUGUUUGACAAUUGAAAAGGCUGAAACCACAUACUGGCUUUAUGAUGAUUCAACAUCGCAAAUGUUUAUCCCUCUUGAUUAA